AUGUGUCCACCUUUUUUGGUCGGAUCUCCGGUUUUUUGGCUUUGCAGUCAAAAAUCUCUUGAUACGGUUCCUACCUCGUCAUCGGAGCCCCCUUCUAGAGGUAUAAAUGAACACGCCUGUCUGGAUGCAUUACAGCAGCAGCAUAGUUCUGCUAUUAUCUCUGCUUCUGCUUCAACUAUGCCCCAAGCAGAUCUUCAUAACUGGCUGGCCGUGCUCACGCGUUCCGGCCGGCUGAUAGUCUGGCGCUGGCGCCAAACAGCCUCUGCUGCGUCUUCUCAGGACUUAUUUGCCUUGAGGGAGAUAUCAUUGCCACCCACUUUGAUUGUCGAGACUGAAAUCACUCCAGUUUUAAAGAGUAAGUGUUUCGGUGUGUUUUUUGUUUUCUAUACACCUAGAUUUACAAUCCUUAAUACAUAUUUUUUCAGCUGUAAGUAA